AUGAAUUAUGAACCUCCCUUAGACAGACUCAAUGGUUCGCAGGAACCAGGUCCAUCAGCACGAUUCUCGGAUAACAUUUCUCUGCGCACACUGUCACCUCGCAGAAACAGUGUGUUGCAUCAAGAUGCUUCGCCCUUUCAAAGAAGUGGUGGCAACCGGCUCAGCGCUCUUUCUGCCCCCGAAUUUUCAACCUCGCAUAGCACAUCAAGUGGAAUUCUAGCCGUGGCCAGCGCCACAGACGAUAAGCUCGAUAGCUGGCUGCCUGAUGAGUUGCCAAAUGACGAAAAUCAGUCAUCAACAGACGACGGAUCCUCUGAUGAAGAGCCAAACUACAGGGCAGGGUUCCCCUCUCCUUCCAGCGCUCGUCGAAUCGCCAACAGGGCCUCAGAACUUGGCGUACUGGAGUCCCCCGUGACUCCUAAACGUGUACACUACCCAUCGUUCAUUUCUCGGAGACAAGACUUUGAGGAUGAGUUGGAUCACGACAGAACAUCGGAGCCACAAUUCCCCACCGAUGACCCGUUCAACUUGCAGCCUGGCGCGGCACUUGGCGCUGAAAAUAUGUCCAUUCGAACCGCUCGAAGCUACGCCUCGACCACCGAAGUUUUCUCAGAAGAAAAAUUGUAUCCAAAUGUUCCGUAUGGAAGAACAUUGUUUCUCUUUGGUACCAACCACUGGCUCAGAAAAUUCACGUUUGCUCUAUAUUCAAACUGGUAUAUGAGAUAUGUGGUAGAUGCUCUAACAUUUGCCCAGAUGAUUGUCCUAGCAAUCGAAACUGCCAAUUAUAAACUCGUCGAUGGUAACUUACAUGUGCUGCCCAUAAAAGAUACUUGGGAGACGUGGGUUUAUUUUAUCCUCUAUAUUAUUUAUACCAUGGCAAUGGGUUUCCAGAUGAUUGCCUAUGGUGCAUUCACCGUCCAAAUUGUAGAUCGACGGGAUAUUGUGUAUUUUAUCAAAUCCAGAAUGAGGAUUGUCGGGAGCUGGCUGAUGGUGGUGCAAAAACCUGACAAUAAGAAUUUAUCCGUUGACAUUGAACAGCGCUGCUUUUUCCGUAAAAGUUGGAACAGACUUGAAUUCAUCUCGGUCGUUUGUUUUUGGAUUUCCUUUUUUACAAGUAUUUUCCGCGACAGUCCCCCAAGUCACCUGCUGAUGAUCAUAGCAGGAAUCGGCCAGCUGCGUAUAUUACGCCUGCUUGAUAUUUUCGCAGGCACUAAAAUUGUGCUUGAUGCUUUGAAACUCAGUAUUCCGCUUCUUCGAGAUGCUCUAUCGUUCUUGGCCUACUUCUGGAUCGUCUACGCUAUUGCUGGCCUACGGAGCUUCAAUUCGUCCUUGAGUCGCCAAUGUGUGUGGAUCAAUACCUCAGAUGCUAAUGACACUUAUGAGUCUGGUCAAUUUUGUGGUGGUUACUAUGACCCGUUGACUGGCGAAAUCUUACCUGCAUUGGAUUAUUACGGACGCCCCGCCGCACGCGCGAAGGGUUACACAUGCCCGCCUCACAGUGUGUGCAAGUCCGUCGAGAAUCCUGAGUCGGGCACUUUGAGCUUUGACAAUAUCUUUAACUCUCUAGAGGUGGUGUUUAUCAUUAUGUCUCAGAACACUUACAGUGAUAUCAUGUACGAUAUUAUCGAUGCCGAAUAUAUGGUUUCCUCGGUUUUUUUUAUCACAGGUGUGCUAGUGUUAAAUCUUUGGCUGAUCAAUCUUCUAGUUGCUAUUAUGGCCACGAGCUUCGAUCUGGUAAAAGGCAAGUUGUCCGGAUAUAGAUCAAGGCUCUGGAAGACACCAAAUGCUGAGCAUUCCAAGGUCUUCACAAGCACCAAAAAAGGCCGUGCUUAUUUAUUUUGUCAACCCCUCUUCCUGCUUCUCAUUGUGCUCGAUGUUGUGUUCCAAGCGAUCUGGGGUGGGCUAUGGGCUCCCGACAACAGAAGACUCGAUUUCUUGUACUCUUUCGAGAUUGCUACUACUGUAGCUUUGGCUAUCGACAUCAUAUUUCGAUUUUUCGUUUACUUUCCUAGGUGGCGGGAGUUUUUCUAUUCAAUGAUCAACCUUGUUGAUGCCUUCCUAGCAGUUUUCACCCUCAUUAUUUUGGCUUUCCACAACGACAAGACGGUCUAUGGAUUUUUUGGAUUUUUCCAACUUUUGAGAUUUUACAGAAUUAUUGGUUUUUUCAAAGUCGCGAGAGAAAUGUGGUCCAUGGUGCUUGGUAAUUAUAUUACCAUUUGCUUCCUUGCGCUCUUUUACUUUGCAACAGUGUUCUUUGCAUCCCUUAUAGCUGCGAAGAUCUUCCAAGGUAGUUUGCCUUACACUUCAGACGAUGAAGUUGCCUAUGUCUCGUUUUUCGAUCUUUCUAAUUCGUUCAUUGGGAUGUACCAAAUCUCAACAACUGAAAACUGGACAGACGUCUUGUUCUACGUUACAGCCAACAUUAAUGGAACAGUUGCGUCGGCAUGCUCAGCGGCAUUCUUCUGUUUAUGGCUGUUCUUCUCCAGUUUCAUUCUAAUGAACAUGUUCGUCGCUGUGAUGACUGACAACAUUGUUUCUAGAGUAAAAAACUUGAGGAAAAGACAAGUUGAAUGGUUUGUUAAUCGUUAUGUUACUGACAGACGAGACAAAUGGCGAUCAGAGUUGGGUGCAGGUAUCUUAGCUUUGAUAAGGAAAACUAUUGGCAUAAUAACUGCUUCCAAACCCCACACUCAAAAGAUAUCUGUUACAAACGAUGAGCUACAGCAAAAAAUCAUUGCCGAGUUUCUCGCCUCAUCCAACGAAAAAGCAGAUGAAGACGAACCAGCUACAGAAGUCGGACUCUUUGGAACCACUAAUAUUGUGUUCAGUCCCUUAAUAACAUUGUGGAAAACUAUUGUGAAAUUUCUGAGUCGUCACCCUGAAGGCUAUAAGGAGCAAAUCCCGAAUAGAGGGGGCUACCAUGGAAGUUCUGAUCCUGAUCUCUACGUAUCUGAAGCCUUCACUAUGAGAGCCAGAACUGAGACUUUUAUGGUCGAAUAUGGCGAUAUCACACCAGGCUUUGAUAGGACACUAUGGAUUUUUGGUCGUCACAACAAACUUCGACUCUUUUGCCAACGGAUCUACCCAUGUGCGCACGGCGUUCGAGCAAGUGGUGUAGAGCCUUCAAAAUAUACCUGGUACCCCUUGUCAGUCUUCUUGACGGCUGCGAUCAUUGUGAUGGUGGUUUUUUCAUGCAUCAAUACGCCAAUUUACCAGCUUGUUCACAGUGCAGAAAUUGGAACUUCAACGAGGUCAUUUACCUGGUUUGUUUACACCGAUAUCGUAUUCCUAGCUAUUUUUCUGAUGGAAUUCCUAAUCAAAAUCGUUGCUGAUGGGUUUCAUUACACGCCCAAUGCCUACACGCAUAGUGUGUGGAAUGUCAUUGACUUGCUUGUUUUGAUUUCAAUGACGGUAACCAUUGGAAUAGAACUGUCGCAUGGUCCAUCUAGGUAUUCGCGCGGGAUUAUGGCUUUGCGAGCUUUGCGUCUGCUUUCAAUGAAUCCAAGGUCGGAAGAAGUUUUUAGGUCUGUCUUUUUUAGCGGUCUCCAACAGCUGCUAGUGGCAUCCUUUAUCGCUCUCGGUAUUAUUUUUCCAAUGUCGGUGUGGGCAAAAAACAUGUUCAGCGAUCGCUUGAAAUCUUGCAAUGAUGGCAACGUUGAAAACUUUAGCAAUUGCGUAGAUGAAUACUUGUCAUCGCCCUACGCUUGGGAUGUCUGGGCUCCAAGAGCAGUCUCAAAUCCUUAUUUCGAUUUUGACACAUUUGGUCAUGCACUAUUUAUAACAUUCGGCGUGUUGACUCUAGAAGGUUGGGUCGAUGUCCUGAAUAGUGUGACGGGGAUAACUGAAAUUGACAUGAACCCUGUUACAUUCUACCGGCGUUAUAAUGCCCUUUACCCCAUUUUAUGGAAUUUUGUUGGCACUGUGAUUAUUAUGACUAUGAUUAUUGCCAUCAUUGUUCGCAAUUACACUUUUGCAAAAGGAACGGCCUUUAUGACCAAAGAUCAGCUUUCUUGGAAAUACGCUCUUGGUAAGUUCAAAACGCUGGAUCCGUUGCUCAAGCUCCCCUAUUGGAAACCUGGUAGUUUGCGAUUCAAAGUGACAUUACUCGCUCGUGGUCAUGGAUCGCUCUGCGAAGCCCUACAGCUAUGGUGUCUUAUCGUUCUCACAGUGACCAUGUGUAUUUUCCAUGCACCUUUGGAGUUAUCCAUUUUGACUGCUUAUUUCAUUCUGGUCAUCAUUACAUCUUUCAUGUUUACUGCUUUAGAGGCUAUCAAGCUCUGGGCUAACGGGUGGGAUGCAUUCCGAAGAGCCUACUGGCAGUGGUAUGCCUUUCUCAUGCCAUUGAUCUUGAUGAUUGUCACUUGCUUCUAUCAGGCGCCCACUAGUACUGUAUCAGAUUUGCAAAGUGGAUUUCUGGUACUGGUACUCACCUUGUGGAUUCCCCGCGUCAAACAACUAAGAACUCUUCUCGGGAUGGCAACGGCGAAUAUUUGGGACAUUUGCACUCUGUUGCAAACUUGGUUUGUACUAUAUUUGACAUGGGCGAUCGCUUUAAACCAAGUGUUUGGUCUUACUCGAAUCGGUCCAAAUAGUAGUUCAGCGCAGAAUUUCAGGACGGUCCCCAAAGCACUCAUCCUUUUGGCCCGGAUGUCUUCUGGUGAAGGCUGGAACCAGAUUCUUACUGACUACCUUGUGUCUUCUCCUUACUGCGUGCAGAAUCCUGGAUUUUACGAAACUGAUUGCGGAGACAAAACAAUGGCCUAUAUUCUUUUCAUCAGCUGGAACAUUACCUCGAUGUACAUUUUCGCCAAUCUAUUUAUUUCGCUCAUUUACGAGACGUUCUGGCCAGUUUUUCAUCGCGCAGUUUCAAGAAUUCCUGAUGAGAGCGUCGCACAGUUUCAAGCGGCUUGGCAGAUUUAUGAUCCGAAAGCAACAGGUUACAUUCCUUUGGAUAAAUUUAAUUUAUUUCUGGGAUCUGUUGAAGGUUACUACAAGUUAGGAAUCUAUUCUGAUGAUCGAGCGUACAGCGUGUCGGCAAUCCUGAACAGAUCGGGUGCUCGACUCUCUCUGAUAAACCCUUAUGUGGUGGACAUUAAGGCACUAAAUCAGGAAUUAGCUGCACUCCCAGUUGAUUAUUUCAAACGGAAAAGAGAGAAAUACAACUUGCUAUGUGCUCAGAUGAAGUUUCUUUCCACAACCGACAAUUCUAUUUCUUUUUACAAAACGUUGAAAACGAUUCCUUUAUACCAGAAUUUUGACCCAUUCAAGAGCCUCUCAUUGAAACAGUAUUUGAAACUGAGGCUUGUUCUCCACGAGGUUAAACGCAUUAUGGCUGCAGAAGUGAUUCAAAAGCGCUGGAGAUUGCAUGCCGAGUUCAAGACGGCUUCCGCGAACAGGCUAUCGAAAUAA